GGUUGAGUGUGAGUAGCAGACGACACAGAGCAGAGAACGUCGUUUAACAAACAAGUCGUUAACUCGCCGUAAGACAAGUGACAAGUAUCCUGCAUCAACCGUUCCUCAACUCUCCACUGCAUUCAGUGGACUUUUGAAAAAAACUACUCAAAAAUAACAUUUUAAAUAUAGUUUUCUUGAUUUGUGAGUAUCAGCGCGAAGCGGCUUUAUGUUUAUGUUUGUUUUGCUUAGGCUGCGGUAUCUUAUUGAUUCUAAAAUGAACCGGCCCAAAUUUUCAUUUGGAGCCAUAAAGUUUUCCCCAGCGGAGGGAAAAUCUGAACCCAAAGAGGAAAGUGGUUCAUUUGGGUCAUUUGGAUCUUUUGGGAAGAAACAAAGUAAGAAUCAAAAGGGUCCUGUAGCUAUAGAAUCAGAAGCCACUGAAGAUGAAGAGCUUAAACGUGUUGAGUCCACUAUGGGGUUUAGCGGAUUUGGAAAAAGCGCAAAACAGUUUGAUCUAAACGAAAUGAUUGAAACUGCUAGAAAAACAGCCAAGGAGCGUACUGUUUCCACCACAGUUGAUACUAGCAUUAAAGAGCUAUCCAUAGCAGGAUCUUCAAAACAGCCAGAUCCUACUCCUAGUGCAAAAGGAGGCAAGAGUGAUGAAGAGGAUGAUGAUGAAGACGAUGAUCUAAUUGGACCACCAGUACCAAAGCCAGUAUCAGAAGGAGACAGUAAAACGAAAUUGUCUAGUAAAGAUCCUGAUGCUGGUGAAGAUGAUCUAAGUGAUGAAGAGCCUGAAAAACCAACUGAUAAAAUUCCCCAGAGUCAUGAAGUGGCCCUGACUCAUGGCAGCAAGGCAGUCAUUGCCCUUGGUGUGGACCCAUCUGGAGCUCGUCUUGCUUCAGGUUCAGUUGAUUAUGAAGUAAGGUUUUGGGACUUUGCGGGGAUGGAUUCCACUCUUCAAAGCUUUCGCACAUUGAUGCCCUGUGAGAACCAUCCCAUCAAGGCUCUUCAGUAUUCUUCAACUGGUGACUCCCUCCUUGUGAUAUCAGGAACAGCUCAGGCUAAGGUAAUGGAUCGUGAUGGCUUUGAGGUAGCAGAGUGUGUGAAAGGUGACCAGUAUAUCAAUGAUAUGUCAAGAACAAAAGGACACACUGCAGCUUUGAAUAGUGGGUGCUGGCAUCCCAAAAUUCGCAAUGAAUUUUUGACCUGUGCCCAAGAUAGUACGUGCCGUUUGUGGGAAAUUGAAAAGCCCAAACAACAUAAAGCUCUAAUGAAGCCUCGUAGUGCAAAUGGGCUGAAGACUGUCCCCACAACAUGCACUUACAAUCGUGAUGGAAACCUCAUAGCCUGUGCUUGUCAAGAUGGAUCAAUCCAAAUGUGGGAUCACCGUAAAGCAUUUGUUAACACAGCCAAACUGUUGCGUGAUGCACAUCAAAAGGGUACCGAUACUUCUUGCGUUGCUUUUUCCUACCUGGGACACUCAUUAGCCUCUCGAGGCUGUGACAACACAUUGAAAAUAUGGGAUCUCAGGCAGUUCAGAAAGCCUCUUCAUGUGUUUGAAGAUUUAUUUUCAAGAUAUGAAAGUACCGAUUGUAUGUUUUCCCCUGAUGAUGCACUUAUUCUAACUGGUGAAUCAGUUUUAAAAGGACAGUCAACUGGCAGAUUGUUGUUUUUUGAUGCAAAAACAUUUGAAAAAUCACAUGAGAUUGAAGUUGGUGACUCACAUGUGAUUCGGUCAGUAUGGCACCCUAAACUAAACCAACUCUUUGUGAGCUGUGGAAAUGGCAUUGUCAAGAUAUACUAUGAUCAAAAUAAAAGUAUGCGUGGUGCUAAGCUUUGUGUGAUCAAAACCAGGAGAAAACAGAAACAGAUGGAGGCUAUGGUUACACAGCAUAUCCUUACACCUCAUGCACUGCCACUGUUCAGACAAGAUAGGGCCAAAACAACACGAAAAAUCAUGGAAAAGGCUAGACAAGACCCUGUCAAAUCACACAGGCCUGAUCUCCCUAUCAAAUCAGGUCAAGGAGGUCGUGUUGCUUCAUCUGGCAGCACUUUAAGCUCAUAUGUUAUUCGUACAAUGGGUCUUAGCAAACGUGUGGAGGAUGAUCAAGACCCACGAGAAGCCAUUUUGAAAUAUGCUAAGGAUGCUGCUGAGAAUCCAUACUGGAUAUCCCCUGCCUAUGCAAAGACUCAACCUAAGACUAUAUUCCAAGGCACUGGCAAUGACGAUGACACUGAAGGUGGGGAACCAUCGGCAAAGAAACCCAAAGUAUGAGCUGAGAUCAUCUUCAACUGAUAUGUUUACUGUGUGUGUGAAUGUCUUGUAAAAAUGUGUGGCAAGGAUGUUAAUAAAAAAAUGAUGAAACAAAA